GCACGGAUUUAAUCGGGUCGGAUUUAAUCCGGACCCCAGCGUCUUCUCUUGCCCGCCUGCCCUAGGAAGAGGAGAAAGAUGGGACGGUGAGAUAGAUUGAAGCAAGAAGGGUGGACUGGCGGCCGCCCGAUCGGUGGCAUCGAGCAGCCUUCGCUCAUUUAUUUAUAUAAUUUUUUGCAUCCUGGGCAAGUGCAUGCAGGUUUCCACUGAUAAAAACUGUGCUUUACUGAUCUGUCCAACAUUUGGAUAUGAGAACAGGGAAUUCUUUGUGGCUUCUCACAAAGAAGGCUCUAACAGGUGCACUAAUUGGCGUUACCAUUUCAGACAGAUAUGUGACACUCUCUCCUGUGAGGGGCAGUUCAAUGCAUCCUACAUUUACAGGAAGCUCUACUAGCUUUCCUGGAUCUUUGAAAGGCGAUGUUGUGUUAGUUGAAAGAUUCUGCCUGCAAAAGUAUAAAUUCUCACAUGGUGAUGUGAUAAUUUUCCGGAGUCCAACUAACCAGAAGCAAAUGUUUGUUAAGAGAUUAAUUGCUUUACCUGGUGACUGGAUCCAGGUUCCAGAGUCAUCUGAGAUACUGCAGAUCCAAGAAGGGCAUUGCUGGGUUGAAGGUGACAAUCCAGCUUCUAGUUUGGAUUCAAGAUCUUUUGGCCCUAUUCCUUUGGGUCUAGUUCAGGGGAGGGUGACCCAUGUUAUCUGGCCACCCCAAAGAAUAGGUCAAGUAGAGAGAAAAAUGCCAACAGGAAGAAUUUCACCAUACUGAUCUGUUCCUUUUAAAGAUUUGCCUUCCAUUUCAAGCUAUCAUUUUGGUCUGCUCCAUUUGCAAACCUAAUGGUUCCCAAUAUGCAUUAUAGGCAAUACCUGAAAAUAUGACAUUACAAGAACUUUGUAACAUUCAUUCUUCUUACAGCAUUAUUAUGUUUGUAUAUUUUUGGAAUUUUGACCCGUGACCUAAUGAUCUAACUUUUCUCUUUAAAGUCAUUGAAGCAUGAUUGCUUCUGCAAUUACAUGAACC